GAUCGCGCCCUCGCUCCUCCGGAGGUGGGAGCGUCAUGCACUUAGACUUGAUUAUUUAAUUGCGGGGAUGGGAGUAGACCCGGAGUGAGGGGUUGUGCCAAGGUGGGCACCCCGGGGUGUGUGUGUGGGGGGGUGGGAUUUGUCCUUCGUGCGCUCCAAAAAUGCGCGCCCUCCUUGGGCCUGCCUUGCGCCCGCGCGCCCCAGGCCUCGUCCGCCCGCCCAGCACCCAGAGGAUGCCCCCGCAAGGACCCCGCCCCUCCCGUGUCCACGCACCUGCGGCCCCGCCCCCGGCCACGAACCUUCAGGUCCACGCACCUGCCCUGCCUUCCCUCCCGCCCCCCGUGCGCAACCACCAAGGUGCAGCCGCGCUCCUCUUCGGCUGCUCGGGUAUCUAAAGGGGUCCGUCUCCGGCACCACAGCCAAAUGGCUGAGCCUCCCUGGCCCGCUGCGCAGGCCGCCCAUUGGACCCUGCCCCCCGCCGCUACCACCACUAUUGGCUGGCAUGCGGAGCCUCGCCACUCCAUUGGCUCCUGUUGCCGCCGCUCCACGCAGGAGCCGCAGGUCCCGCCUCUACGGCGAUCAGGUUAGUGUGCGCCGCGGGUGCUGGGGGCUCGAGAACCGAGCGGAGCUGGUUGAGCCUUCAAAGUCCUAAAACGCGCGGCCGUGGGUUCGGGGUUUAUUGAUUGAAUUCCGCUGGCGCAGGAUCCUCUGCAGAAAGAGAGAGCGCGAGAGAUGGAGAUGGACAAACGGAUUUAUUUAGAGCUGCGGAACAGGACGCCCUCUGAUGUGAAAGAGCUGGUCCUGGAUAACUGUCGGUCAAUUGAAGGCAAAAUCGAAGGCCUCACGGAUGAGUUUGAAGAACUGGAAUUCCUAAGUACAAUCAACGUAGGCCUCACCUCCAUUUCCAACUUACCAAAGUUAAACAAACUCAAGAAGCUUGAAUUAAGCGAAAACAGAAUCUCAGGGGACCUGGAAGUAUUGGCAGAGAAAUGUCCGAACCUUAAGCAUCUAAAUUUAAGUGGCAACAAAAUAAAAGAUCUCAGCACAAUAGAGCCGCUGAAGAAGUUAGAGAAUCUCAAGAGCCUAGACCUGUUUAACUGUGAGGUGACCAACCUGAAUGCCUACCGAGAAAACGUGUUCAAGCUCCUGCCCCAGGUCAUGUACCUCGAUGGCUAUGACAGAGACAACAAGGAGGCCCCUGACUCUGAUGUUGAGGGCUACGUUGAGGAUGACGACGAGGAAGAUGAGGAUGAGGAGGAGUACGAUGAAUACGCCCAGCUAGUGGAAGAUGAAGAGGAAGAGGAUGAGGAGGAAGAAGGGGAGGAAGAGGACGUGAGUGGAGAGGAAGAGGAGGAUGAAGAAGGUUACAACGACGGGGAAGUGGAUGAUGAGGAAGAUGAAGAAGAUGCUGCUGAAGAAGAAGGGAGUCAGAAGCGAAAACGAGAGCCCGACGACGAGGGCGAAGAGGAUGACUAAGGGGAAUUAACCUGUUUGGGGAAAUUCCUAUUGUGAUUUGACUGUUUUUACCCAUAUCCCCUCCCCCUCCUAUUCCUGCCCCCCGAAACUUAUUUUUUUCUGAUUGUAGCGUUGCUGUGGGAAUGAGAGGGGCAAAGUGUACUGGGGAUUGCCGGGGGUGGGGGUGGGGGUGGGAGGGGAGGAAUAAAAUACUAUUUUUACUGCCACACUUUCUUUUCCCCCCUCCUUUUUCCUGUGUCUGGUUUUGUCCCCAUAACUGCAAUAGCUUAGUGCACACCAAGCGUUUGUUCUUACUCUCCAGAGAGGAUGGCUUGGAGGUCUCUAACCUUUUCUGGUAUGUCCCACAUCCCCAGAGUUGAUCAGGAGGCCGUGGCUGGCCUCCACCAGGUGACUCACAGCCCAAGAGCCGCUGAAUCCCAGCCCCUGUCUUCUUCACUGACUCCUGUUCUGGUUCGUGUGGUCGCUGCCAGAGGCAUCCAGCACCCUGGUUUGUAAAUAGCAACCAAAAAGGCGUAUUUUGGCACUGGUUUGGGGACAGUCCCCAUCUCUCAUCCCCUUUCCCCCUCCACAGAUGUCAGUGCAAAGAGAGCUCUUGUUAUUCUAUGGCUGUGAUCCCAAGAGCCAAAAAAAAAAAAAAAAAAAAAAACCAGAAAACAAAACAACAACAAAAACGCAGCAGGUUUAGGAGACACGUAAAAUGGGAAAGAACUGAACCUUCAUGUUUCAGCUUCUUCAGAAAAGCAAACCUGUUCUAUCUUGUUCUGUAAAAUAUUAGAGCAAUUUGUUUUGCAGAAAUGGCAGGAGGACUCCUCGGGCGCUCCAGCUUAGAACCUUUUUACAAAUCUAAGCUCUGGAAGCUCCCUGUGUGUCCUCUGGGUUUUUGUUCUGUUUGUUUUCCUUCUCAAAUACAUAGGAGCACGGAAAAGGAAUGCAAACUCGUAUUUUCUUACCUAGUGGGACUCUGAAGUGGCCGCAGAUUUCUCCUAGCGAGUGCGUGUGCCUUCAGCGUCCCCCUUCCAGAUUGCUUUAGAAGUGACGUGCUGUUUCCUACCCUGUGUCUCAUUUGUACAGAGCAGCUGCAACUCAUUUUUCUCCCACCCCUGAGAAGAGCCAAACUUUGAGUUUUAUGUCUGUUUGUCAUUGAUAAAUUUCAAUAAAUCUUUUUUAUACAA